UCCAAUGGGUGUUUAUCGGCCGGUUUGAUCAAUAAAUUUGAUGACCACAGCCACGCUGAGGGUAGAAACACCGAGUGGUGGCUUUCAGACACGCCUCUUGACUAUCGAUGACUUCCUGGACGGAAUAGAUACUUUGUGCGCGCGUGAAUACGGACACUGGCAGGUCCUUCAGAACUGACGAAGAAAGAAUUUGCUGUGCGUUGCGAAUACGUUGCUGGUUUACGUAAUUAAACGGGCGGAAUUUCCGCGAAAUGACGCUAAUUGUUAAAAACGUUGGAUUACUGUCAUGUUUACAGUACUCUUAGGUAUUUGAAGAACGAAUUUGAAAGGCGAUGUCAUUCUAAAGUACAAGUUCCUGCGAAUAUAUGAAACGCAAUUCUUGCGAAUCGCUAAAGUGGCAAAACUCGUGUGCUUAUUACUUUGUAAAUAUUGGGAGGAAUGUAGAAGCAAGGUCACCAUUUCGAAGUUCGUUAGGGUUUGAAUCAAAUAAUAAUAUUUAACCAAUUUGUGAAAAAUAUUUUGAUGGCAAUAAUAUGAACAAAUAUUAGUGUAUUGCUUGUGUCAACAUCGGCAGUAAGUAUCAACCAGUUACUGUUUUAAAUUUUGUCUAACGAACAUCGUCAAAGGUUAGAGCCAGACACAGCCGGCGAAACCGGUGGUUUGCCGUAAGAAAGAUUCAAUCUAAACAAUUGCAUGCGGACGUUACCGGCACAUCAGGAAAUUUUUUUCUGUUUUCAAGUAAGAACACGUGCAAAUUCGAUCUAAUUCCGUCAAUUGGGUAAACUCGCUUCGGAACGCUAUAGCUCGAUGCCUUUAACUCUAGUUUAGCGUAAUGCUCACGUUCCUUCUGCAGGUUAACCUGCAGAAGGUUGAUCUUCCUUAAUCAUAGCAGUAUAAAUUGUCUCGGUUCGGUUCAAACGCUAUCCAUUGCCGUUGAUCACAUUGACAAUUAAAGGACUCUUGAAAAAAAUGAAACUGGUAAUUGUUGCAAUCAUUGCCGCCGUGUGCGUUUCUAUGGCAUAUGCUGUACCAUACAAUACGUACUGCAGUGGAGUCAACGAAGUCUUUUCAACCUGUGGAUCUGCUUGUCCGCAAACCUGUGAUAACUACCGAUUGGGUGCGCUAGGAUGUAAUCGGCCCUGCCAGCGAGGAUGCUUCUGCCGUACGGGUUAUGUCCGCAAUUCGGUAGGAGUUUGCGUGGAACCUGUCCAGUGUACCAGACGAACGAUUCGUGUUCAACAGUCCAGUGUAGGAUACUAUCCGGGCAGCUACUAUGGUGGCUACGGAUACGGGCUAGGAUAUGCACCCGAUAAUCUUUUGCGAUCCGUUGUUUAUUAAGUAGACUCUUAGUGUCUUAGUUUAACCCAAUGAUAUUCUCGCAAUCGGAAUGGAAAAUGUAUUUGUAGACAUA